AUGGGCCAAGUGACAUCGCAGGAUGCUGUGGCGCUCUCGCAGGCCCAAGCAAAUCUAGCAUCCGUCGCACAGAAGCAGCAUAUUCAUAUCGACCUCGGCACAGAGCGAGCAACGUGCACGCUCCAAGCGAGCCUGCUAUUCCCGCCGAGCCAGAGCGUCCGUGCGUGGCGAUUGUGGACCGGAGACGACACGAGUGCCACCUUUAUGGACAGCCGCAUUGAUGCGCCUGAAUGCAUCCGAGAGGCGUAUAUUGUGCGACAGGAUGGUGUCUUUUUGAUGGUGCCUCCUUCCCGCUCUCAGAAAGAUGCGAUACUGCUAAGUCUCACCCUAUACCUCCAAACGCCGCUGGUCCACCAUGCACCCAAAGCACCAUGCUCGAUGCAGUGCCCGGUCUUGCGCUGCAAGAAAAAUACAUUUAGCUGCGAGCUAUAUGCAUACGAGGGACACGAAAUUGAGGUCAUGGCAAAUCCACCGCUCGCGUCACAGGCUUGGACGCCCUCGACCACCAACGAUGAGCAACAGCAGCUGACGGCUACUUUUUCCGAGACUGAUGUGCUGGGUAUACAGUGGAUGCCGAUAUCUGGGCGCGGUACGAACACGCUGCGCUCGAAGUCGGCCCACGUCACGUACCACACGAAUGCGUCCAUUGUGCACAUGUGGUCUGAGGCGCUCGGGGCGCACAUGCCGUGGGCCGUAUUUGAUAUGGAUGUGCACGUCUCGCUGAGCCAGGCAUAUGUCGAGACUAUGACACGUGAGGCUCGCCUGGAUCUCUCGGUCGACAUGCAUGGCGAUACAUCUGCGCAUUGGGACACGUUGUCCGUGGAUGGCGGGCCGUCCAUCGCCCGACAAAUGUCUACAGGCCUAUCGCUAUGGGUAGAUGUCCAUCUGGCUUGUGGUUCGUACGGUGCACCGGCCCCUGUUCCCCUGCAAUUUGUCUUGCACGGGCGCAUGUCCUUGGCGCUUCAAGACCGCUCGAAUGCACCGCGCCUGACUCUUCCUUCCCUUCGCCUGCCAACGGAUCAAAUCACGUCCGAGUAUGUGCUUCGACAUGCCCCUUGGUCUGAGGGCACAGCCGCGUAUGCGCUCGAUGUCCUUGAACCUAUGCAGGCCGCACAUGACUCGCAGCGCGUCGGACGCGCGCCUGCUCGCAUCGCCGCAGAUACUCUUACCAUGCGCUGGCGCCCCACGAACGAGAGCCACUCUGAAGUACUUACGCCGAGGAAAGUCGCUCCCACUUCGGUGCAGCACACAGUGUGGCCUGGCGCCUCUGAAGCAUGCCAUCGUGUGUUUGUGCACACCCGAGAACUCGUGCCGGGAGCUCAUACACUCUGCUUGCUGCCAUGUGAGCCCAGCAGCAUCCAAGUGGUGCGCGGCGGUCAGAGGUUCGUGCGAACAUACACGGUGCGCCGGGCGCCCCUGGCCCCGUUCGACCGCGUGUACGAGGUGCGCUUAGGCGUGGACGAGCCGCUGGAUCUCGUGGACGUGCAGCUGGACUUUGUGUCUCGACGCCUCGACUUUGAGCGCCCGCUUUUCGCAGGUGGCGUGGCGUCCUACCUCUUGCAGGUUGGCACCCAGCCGUCGUACACGGCACGCUUCCACGUAAGUGACGCUCUCGUCGCGUACGACGACACAAACUCGGCGAGGUGGACGCAUAUCCCACCAAGCACGCCGUGCCGUAUUCGUGUGACGCUGAUGCACCGUGACGCAAGACCGCUUCCCUACGUCCCUGUGGCCCUAGGCAUCCUGUGUGCCGUUGCUGCCUGCCUGGCGACGAUUUGGGCAUAUGGCGCUCACACGACAGCUCGGCAGCUGAGCAUGCGCAUUGAUGCCCUAGCCAUGGCCCUCGACGUCGAUUUUACUGAUGGCCAGUGGCUCGCGUCUGCUGAUGCGCCAUAUACCCCGGUGCCCGGCGUAGCCUCGUCGUGGCGCCUCCCGUGGUUCCCGCUCCCAUAG